AUGACCAUAUUGGGCCUCCUAGAUCUCUUAGUUGCUUUCAGUGCCAUUGAGUAUGACAAAGGUGAAAAUGGGGAACCAUAUCAGAGGAGAAAAGUUGUGGGAAAUAGUCAGCCGGAUCUUCCAGAACUAUCCCAGACCCUCAAAGACAGCAUUCCUGUUCCAGCAAACAGCAGUUGGAGGCGGAUCAUGCUGCUCAUCUUAGCAAUAACAAUACACAAUAUUCCUGAGGGUUUGGCUGUUGGUGUUGGAUUUGGUGCUGUUGGGAAGUCACCGUCUGCAACUUUUGAAAGUGCAAGGAAUUUAGCAAUUGGAAUUGGAAUUCAGAAUUUUCCAGAAGGGCUGGCUGUCAGCCUUCCCUUGCAUGGGGCUGGAUUUUCAACAUGGAGAGCAUUCUGGUAA